UGAUGACUCACUGGCGUCUUGUCAUAAGAAAAAUAUUACAAGGACUUUUAGUAACAGACUAUAAACUUAAUUUGUAAACUGUUAUGCCUGCUCAGUGGCGCUAAACAGGUACAAACGCAUGCGCAGCUGCAGAGCUCGCGGUUUCGGAGUUAUCGCUGAGAAAAAAGACGCCCCAACAUUAUAAAAUCAUGCCGAUUUCUUGUUCAGCUAUCGACUGCUCAAACCGCUUUGUCAAGGGAUCGGAGAUCAGAUUCUACAGGUUUCCAAUCAGUAAGCCUCAGCUGGCAGAGCAGUGGGUACGAAGCCUCGGAAGGAAAAGCUUUGUUCCCACUCAGAACUCCUGCUUGUGCUCUGAGCAUUUUCAGCCCGACUGCUUCCGUGACUAUAAUGGAAAACUGUUUCUCAGAGAGGAUGCUGUGCCUACUAUUUUUACCAACUCUGGAGGAGAUGGCACUAAGAUUGAGUUACGAAGAAACAGAGGGGGAAUAGUUGGAAAGGAGGUCAAUGAAUCCAAUGCUGCUUUCAAACAAAUGACCAAAGAUAGAAGACAACCCAUUAGAGACUCGAGUCUGAAGGGCAGAGGCCCGAACGAGAGGAGACGAGCAGGGGGAAAGCUCCCAUCAGGUGACAGGCAGUCCCUGUCUGUCAAGAACAAGGUGUAUGACAGCAAAGGCCUGCUGAUCUCAUGUGGAAAGGAUCUGUGUGACUGUCUGGACAUAGAGUGCAUGGGCUGCUUUUAUCCAUGUCCUGAGUGCGGCUCACGGAAGUGUGGUGUGGAGUGCAGGUGUGACCGAAAAUGGCUAUACGAGCAGGUGGAAGUAGAGGGAGGAGAGAUUAUUCGCAACAAGUUUGCCAAUUAGCAAAUCAGACAGGAGCCCGAGAAGACAUCACUUUUGUUUCUGAGAUGCGUGUGGACAUUGCAGAAGUAUUGGGUUUAAAUUGUAUAUUUGUUAACUUUUUAUCUAAGGAUAGAAUUUAUUAGAAAUGCUUGUUUUCUAUUUUAUCCUUUGACGAUUUUCAGAUUGUUUUGUCAUUCAUGUUGUAUUAAUGUUUGUCUCAUGUUUUUUUACUUUUAGGCAAAAAUAAAUAAAUGUAGACUGCAGCGGGUUUAGUGCUGGUUCAAUAAAUGAUCUCCUAGCCUCAUUUUAAAUUAAUUAAAAAUAUAUAUUUUUGGUUUUCGAUGUAGCUCAAAGAAGUUGUUUAGAUGUUUAGAUUAUAUACCAAUUAUACAAAAUGUAAAUAGACACUUCAAAAAUAUUGUUUCUAAAGUGUUAAAACCCUAUUUUAAGAUCUGUGUUUAAAUCGGGAAGCCAUGCAUGUGCAGACAUGCUAUGAUGAAGUCAUGAAACCUGUGUUUUAGGGCAUUUUAGGGUUUUUUAGGUUAUAUCAUAUAUUAGAUAUUGUCUAAGAUGUCUUUCUAAUUGCCCUAUUCGUCUCAACGUGCAAAUUUAGGACUCUUCACCUCGUGUUGCGACGCUAGAAGCCAGAAGCGUCACAAUGAAGAGCAAUCUGUCAAAGGCCAAAUUUUCCCGGUAGCUGUACAACAAUACAUGCACAACAACCGUAAACUUGACUUGUAGCAGGGAUAAUGUGUUGUUAGAGAAUUUAAAAGAAAGAUUUCCAAGACACUCAGAACUAGGCAGACUAUGUGAAGCAUUCUUAACCUUUUUUUUUUAUAUUUGGCCCAAUUUUUUAAGAUCAUGCAGUACAGCAUCAACACUGUUUUGUUUAUUACAUUGCAUCUUGAUUUGUGGUCAAAGUGGUGUCAUUUUGAAAAUGGUAUAUAAAAUACCAUGACAAUUCACAAUUACAAGGGCUUUGAUUAUUAUUUGCUAAUUAUGAUAUCAUUUUCGAUAUGGUUGAAAUUAAUUAAAAUCAAUUUUAUAACAACA